GUGCCCGUUGGCUUGUUUAUUAAUCUGUUAAUAAUAAUUUUAUGUUUGCGAUGUUGAUGUUUUAUUUAAGUAAAACAUAGAUAAUUUCAAAAUGGUGGAUCAGCUAAUAGAUUUAAAAAUAAAAAUUGAAGAAAAUUUUCCUGCACGCCAAGAUCCAACCUCGUUUCUGCCUCAAGAAGAGAUGACAUAUGAAAUCAAGAAAAAAAAGAAAAAGAAGAAGAAAAAGCAGGAAGAUCCAUUUAAAGAUAUUGAAGAGAAAUAUUUAGUUACGCAGAGGGUAUUGGCUAUGGAAACUGAAACAGAACCGACAUUGGAUCCGGAGGUUAAUAUAAAAGUAGAGAAUAUUGAAGUAGAAUUGGAUUUUAAUGAUUUUACAGACAGUGCUGACCUAAUGGUUGAGGGUGCCUCUGGAGAAAGCCCAGAGCCAGCAGUAAAAAUUGAACCACAAAAUCAUGAAGCUUGCAUCCUCACUUUUGAAAAAAUUGUCAAUGACCAAUCCAUACAAGAUGUAGUUGAAUCUGUUGAUGAUGAAGUGGAGGCACCUGCACCUCCCAACUUCAGAUGCAAAAUAUGUCAUCUAUUCUUCCAAUCUAAAAGGACUCUACUUAUCCACCAAAAACGAAAGCACAAAAUAUACCGUCGCUCUUUCAUACAUAUAUGUGACUUUUGUGGAAUGUCAUAUGACCAGAAAAACAGUUUGAUGGCACAUAUUAAAAGAAAACACGGACCUGACGCUUCUGCUGAAGAUCAUCAGGAACAGACUUGUGACAUAUGUGCGUUGGUGUUUAAAGGCAAAAGUAGACUUCGAAUGCAUAUGAGAAGAAAACACAAUGCUUUCGAAGAAUCGUUUACCCAUGUGUGUUCAGAGUGUGGUCUAACCUAUGAUAAAUAUAGAAGUUUAUUUGUUCAUAUGCAGAGAAAGCAUUCAAAAGAAAACAAACCUGUCAUAGAUCAAUGGUAUAGUUGUCCAUCGUGCCCUAAAAUAUUUAAUAAAAGAGAAACUUACACAAGGCAUGUCCAAAGGAAACAUCAAGUUAAUGAUGAAGGGAUACCAAAAAGUACUGAAGAAUUUUUUGAAAGUUACAGAAACGAAGCUGGAGAAAUAGCAUGUAAAGAAUGUCCCCUUAUAUUUUCUUCAAUCAGUUUCUUAAAAUUACACAUGAGAAGAAAACAUAAUGCAUUUAAGGAUUACUUCAGGUUGAGAUGCAAAUUCUGUAAUCUGUCAUACAAUAGAGUUGAAAGCCUGAAACGACACAUCAAAAGGAAACAUGUUCAAGGAACAUUUUGCAAAGUGUGUAAUAAACAAUUUGAUACUAGAGAGAUGUACUUAAAUCAUUCCCAUGUGAAAGUAGUCAAGGAAUGUCCAAUAUGCAACUUAAUUUUUGCGUCGCAAGGAGGUUUGGCCAAACAUUUGCGAUGUACGCACAAAAUUGACGCCCCAAAGACUUUCUUUUGUAACAUUUGUAAUGAAGGUUUCUAUGAAAAACGGCAAUUGAAACCACAUUUACAAAAAGUUCAUUUAAAAGUAUUAUACACUUGUAAAUAUUGUAAAAAAGAAUUAAAAACUAAAGAGAGUUAUAAACGACAUAUGAUUUUUAAGCAUCCAGUUAGUGACCAAGCAAAAGAUGAGAUGCAGAAAUGUGAACAAUGCUUCGAACCGUUUCCCAAUGAAUUUGAGUUAUGUCGGCAUGUUAAUUUUGCUCAUGGUCAUAAGGAGUCAAUAGUUGUAGUUAAAAAAGAAGAUGGAGAUAUUCAAACAUUCCAAUGCAUAAAGUGCCCAGAAACAUACUCCAGCUGGGAGAAUCUUAAAUUACAUUAUGAGCAAAAUCAUUACACUGCAAAAUGCACACAAUGUCAAAUGUGCGGAGAAAUGGUUCCAGAAAUUGAUCUACAGAAACAUAUUAAAAUACAUAAUAUGGAAAAUUUUGAGGUCCAGUGUAGAUUUUGUGAUUACAAAACUAAAAUCAAAGCCAGUAUGACACAGCAUAUGUUGAGACACAAGAACGCCACAACUUUACACUGCGAUUUCUCUGGUUGUAAAUAUAAAAGUUUCUAUGAGGAUGCAAUGGAAAAACACAAACAAAAGCAUGCGGAAAUUGGUGUCAAAUUACAAUGCACUCAGUGUCCCUUCCAAACGAUGAACAAAUACAUAUUAAAAUAUCAUGAAGAAGCCCAUAUGACUGGGAAAAAACGUUACUCUUGUAAUCAGUGUGAUUACGCUACAAUCCUGCCUGCAAACUUAGUGCAACAUAAAUACAAACAUUCAACGGAAAAACGCUUUAAAUGUGAAAUGUGUCCAUUUGCCACAAAAUAUAAUACGUCGUUACGUUUUCAUGUUAAGAAAAAGCAUUGUGAUCUCCCUUCUUAAUAAAUUUUAUUAAUAAAGU